AGUGAUAAAAAAAAACUGAAACAAAAAGUUGAUACGAUAAACGAACGAAUAAGUAAAUAUAGUUAUUGUAUUUUGGAUAUUGAUUCUUUUUACGUAUUGUUCCAGUGUGCUUGAUCGAUUCGGUGUAAUAAUCUUAAGAAUGUUCACAAUUCUGCUCCUAGGAGCAAUAACAACAUCUUCAGCAAUUCUCAAUUCCGUAGAAGCAUUUCAGUGCUCAGUCGAUCAAUUUGAAUGCAAAAAUCAAGAAUGUAUCGAUCUACAGUUAAAAUGUAACGGCUUCAAUAACUGUGAAGAUGGAUCGGAUGAAAUAGGUUGCGAUAUUUGCAAAGGACCGAAUUAUUUCAAAUGUCAUAAUAACAGAUGCAUUAGUACGGCUUUUGUUUGUGACGCCGAAAAUGACUGUGGAGAUUAUUCAGAUGAGAGAGACUGUGAAAACUUCAAGGUAACAGUCAACUCAGAAUGUGAAGAAGGCCAUUGGAAAUGUACGGAUCAAUUAUGUAUACCAAAUGAUUGGGUAUGUAAUGGCGUAUCAGAAUGCUUAGAUGGGUCAGAUGAGACGAUAGGAUGCAGUAGACACAUCGAUUGUGAUGGGUUCAAAUGUAAAAAUAGUCAUUGUGUACCAAAUGAAUGGGUAUGUGAUGGAGUUAACGAUUGUAACGAUAAUAGUGAUGAACAAGAUUGUGAAAAUCACGUACCAUUCGAUAAAUGUAUACCAGAUAAUGGAAAAUAUCUCUGUCAAAAUAAGAAAACUUGCAUCGAUACUCAUUUAGUAUGUAAUGGGGUCGAUAACUGCCCGGAUCGAUCGGAUGAAGGUGGAAUGUGUAAUUCUUCAUUUAUAACCUGUCAACAUUUGAAGUGUUCACAUGCAUGUGUACCGCUACCAACUGGACCGAAAUGCGUAUGCCCAGCAGGACAUGUUUCACAUGAUAAUAACUGUACAGAUAUCAAUGAGUGCGAUACGUAUGGUAUUUGUGACCAGAUGUGCAGAAAUACAGUAGGAUCCUAUGAAUGCUACUGUUCCGAAAAAUACUAUUUGGAAUCAGAUAAGAGAACGUGCAAAGCUCGAGGUGGUAACGGUUUAAUGAUCUUUAGUACAAAAAAGGAAAUUCGUGCUCUAACAUUAGACUCUAAAUCAUACUUUACUGUUGCUAAUGAUUUGAAGCAAGUAGUUGGAGUAGAUACUGAUGGAGUCCACGUUUUCUGGACUGAGAUAUUCACUGGUCACGAAAGUAUUGUAAAAUCUAUAGAGGACGGCUCUGAAAGAGAGAUGAUUGUAACUUCAGGAUUGAAUUUACCAGAAGAUUUAUCGGUUGAUUGGUUAACAGGUAACAUAUACUUCACGGAUGCAGAGAAACAGCAUAUAGGUGUUUGUACCAACACGGGUGUACAUUGUACGAUUUUGAUAAAUAAGGAUAUCCGUGUACCUCGCGGUAUUGUUGUGAACGUUGAUGAUGGAGAUAUGUACUGGACCGAUUGGGGAAUACCAGCAGAAAUUGGUUAUUCAUUAAUGGAUGGUUCUGGAGAUAGACCAUUUGUUAAAGAUGACAUUCACUGGCCGAACGGGAUAGCCUUAGAUAGGCCAAAUAGAAGACUUUAUUGGACAGAUGCUAAAAAGAAGACGUUAGAAAGUAUCGCCUUAGACGGGACUGAUCGUAGAAUUGUUUUAGAAGAGGUAACGAAACAUCCAUACGCAAUUGCAGUAUUCGAAAACCAGUUGUUCUGGUCCGAUUGGGAUACGCACACUAUUCAAACCUGUGAUAAAUUCGAUGGAAAAAAUCAUCGCACACUUGUGGAUGAACACAAAGAUUUAAUUUAUGGGAUCGCCAUUUUUCAUUCGGCACUCCAUGAACGUAAAUAUAAUCCUUGUGAACGUGCGCUUUGCAGCGACAUCUGUUUAUUAAGAGGACAAAAUUAUACAUGUGCGUGUCCGGAGAAUAAAAUGCUUGGUGUGGAUAAACACGUUUGCAAAGAAAUAAUACCAAAUCAUAUGCUGAUAGGCGCAACAGGCAAUUUAUUGAUGCACAUUGAACACCAACAUCUUGGCAAACACGACAUAUCCAUCUUACCUAGUGUGGUUGAACAUGCAGGAAGUUUGGCUUUCGACAGUAAUAAAAAUAUAUUAUUCGUCAGUGACAAGAAAUUGAAAAAAAUUGUUACUCUCAAUUUACAUACCGGAUUUAACAAAACAUUAGAUAUUAGUGGUUUGGGACAAAUAAUCGCAAUGGAUUUUGAUGUGACGAGUAACAAUCUUUAUAUAUGUGACUUAGACAGACUCGUUGUGGAAGUGAUUAGCCUUAAUACAAUGGCUAAAAAAGUACUUAUGCAUGAUACGCUGGGAGAAAUUCCAGAAAGUAUUGUUUUGGUACCAGAAGAAGGUGUCAUGUUCAUAAGUUUUCAUAAUGAAGAAUUAAAACGUAGUCACAUUGACCGUUUCACGAUGGAUGGAGCUGGUAGAACCCAUAUUAUAGAAGAACAACUGACUGGGUCUAUUUCUAUGAUGUUCGAUAGAGAGCUUAAUCGAAUUUUCUUCGCUGAUGCUCAAAGAGGAACCAUAGAUUCAUUUGCACCGGAAGGUGACAGCAGACACAGUUUUCAUAGCUUAAACACACAUCCGGUGAGUCUGACAUCUUCGAAAGAUUAUGUGUUCUGGAUAAAUGGUCACUCGAAGGAAUUAUAUUGGACAGAAAAGAAAGCAGUAUCUUCUUAUGAUAAGAAAAUCGUGCUAGGUGUAAGUGGUGAACCAGAACGUAUUCAUCUAAUAUCAGCAGCACUGACUAAAAUGGAACCAAAUGCUUGUCGUGUUAACAACAAUGGCUGCAGUCAUCUUUGUCUCUUAUCGCAUAAAUCAAUAGUUUGCGAUUGCCCAAUUGGUUGGGAAUUAUCCACAAACAAUCACACAUGCAUUAAGAGAGUUGACUGCGAUAUGAAUGAAUUCCUUUGUCCACAUUCUAAUCUAUGCAUCCCCAAAAAAUUUCGAUGUAAUGGUCAUAUGGACUGCAGUUUUGGUGAAGAUGAAAUCAACUGUGAACCGAUUUCGAAUUGUUCAGCUGGUCAGUUCCAGUGCACUGAUGGACAAUGUAUUCAAAAUUAUCAAGUAUGCGAUCAUAUUUAUGAUUGCCAGGAUAAAUCUGAUGAACAAAAAUGUGAAAGCGGACAGGAUAGAAAAGAUUGCCCUCCUGGACAUUUUAGGUGUAAUAAUUCAGAAUGUGUAUCGUCUACAUUCGUAUGCGAUGGGCAUGCAGAUUGUGAUGAUAGCUCAGAUGAACAUAAUUGUAUUGAGAAUAUAUGCUUCGACAACCAAUUCAGAUGUGAUUCAGGAGCUUGUAUACCGAAAGCAUGGGAAUGUGACAGAGCAUAUGAUUGUCCUGACAAUUCAGAUGAACAUUGUGCUUUGGAUACUUGCUCCGACGAUUUUUUCAAAUGCGAAAACUACAGAUGUAUUGAUAAAAAACUUCUAUGUGAUGGUGUAGAUGACUGCGGAGAUCACUCAGAUGAAACGUUAGAUUAUUGUCAUCACUAUACAAAAUCAUCAGGUUGUUCGUUAAAUGAGAUGGAAUGUAGUUCCAAUACAUCCAUUUGCAUCCCGAUAUCAGCAAAAUGUAACGGAACAUCAGAGUGUCCCAAUAACGAAGAUGAAAUUGGUUGUUCGCGAUGUGCCGAAGAAGAAUUUGAGUGUGCUAGUAAAAAUGAUAAAGAAUGCAUUCCUAAAUCAUGGAUGUGUGAUGGAACCAAUGAUUGUAACGAUAACAGUGACGAAGAUGUCGAUUUAUGUUCCCAUAAGAUUAAAACUGUUUUGGUUGCAUCUCCUGUAGCUGAUCAUUGUAUUAAUGGAUACAGAUGCAAGAAUGGAGCUUGCUUAAAUAUGUCACUGGUUUGCAACGGUAAGCAUGACUGCUAUGACGGUUCCGACGAAGACGGACUUUGUUCAGAUUCCUGUACCGGUACGGCGAAUCCAUGUGAACAAGUUUGUCUCAAAACACCAGCGGGUCCACAAUGUCGAUGUAAACUUGGUUACAAAUUACGAGGAGAUGGUAAAUUAUGUGAAGAUGAUAACGAGUGUCAAUGGGAUCCACCAGUUUGCAGUCAACUAUGUCACAACAAAGAUGGAGGAUAUACUUGUGAUUGUUACAAUAACUUCUUUUUGGGGAGCGAUAAAAAGAGCUGUAAAGCAGAUGGUACCCGCAUGUCUAUGUACUUCAUAGUUCAUGAUUAUCAAAUUCGAGAGCUUAUUUCGAAAUCGAAUGCGAUGACUAUAAUUUCAACAACGCCGAUGAUCAAAAUUUCUAGUUUACAAGCUCUCGUUGAACCGAAAACAGUUUUCUUCAGUACCGCAGAAACUGGAGCAAUAUACAAACUGGACAUAAACACUAACAUGAUGCAUAUCAUCCGACAUGUUGGAAAGCCACAAAAAAUUGCUAUUGAUUGGUCUACUCAGAAUGUUUACUUCUACAAUGAUGAUUCAAUCGAGAAGUCGAUUAGCGUAUGUAGUUUCGAGGAAAAAUGUGCAAAAUUGAUAGAUAUCGAUGCACACAGACAGGUUUCUGCUUUAGCCGUUGAUUCUAUUAAUAAAGUCCUCUUUUAUGUUCUGAGAAAUUGGUGGAUACUAGAUUCACCCAAUUACGUCAUUUAUAAAACUAAUUUGGACGGCUCGAAUAAAACGGAAAUUGUUGAAACAGCAUUAGGUAAUAUUGAAGAUAUUACUCUCGAUAUCAACAAACAAAUUCUGUAUUUCAAAGAUCAUCAAGCAGGAACAAUAAAUUCUGUGAGUUACAGAGGAGGAUUAGUUAAGCCUCUUUUUUCCAACGUCAAUGAAACUAGAUCCUUACAAUUUUACGAAAAUCAAUUAUACUACUACCAAUCAGACGGAUUUAUAAUUAGCUGCAAGUUAUAUGAUGGAAGGACCUGCAGUCGUAGAAUAAAAUUGAACAGUUUCACUAAUGGAAAUUUCAUUAUAUCACAAAGUUCUCUUCAACCAAAAACAAGGAACAUAUGCGAAGGUCACAAAUGUCCCUAUUUAUGUAUUCCAACGAAAGUUGGAUUCAAAUGCCUCUGUCACGAUGGGAAAAUUGGUAAUAUCACGGAUGUGUGCGUAGAGGAAUAUUCAUACAACCAACAUAGAUUCACGGUUCACUCAACACCAAUCAAUUCAAAUAUCACGAAAAAACAUUCUGCAGCUAUUGUUACCGCAGUGCUGGUACCCCUAUUUUUGUUAUUGAUCGGAGUAAUAUUUUAUUACGUUAUUAAAAGAAAAAAUAAUACUGGAUUAAACAUCAGCAUGAGAUUCUACAAUCCGCUGUACGGAAAGCCAGUUGUAGAAGAUCCAAAAUCAAUUCUACAGCCAGGACAGCACGAAUAUGAAAAUCCAAUCAUUAUAACUGAUGAACAAUUGGUUGAAGAUCAUUCGUCAAAACUAUUAAAUGAAACCCGAUUCUGUUAAAUGGCUUUUGAUACAACUUGUAUUGUUAUUGAAAUUUUAUGUUUCCUCUUUUUAGUUGAAAAUGUUUUAAAACUGAAAUAUGUAAAAGUUAAAGGUAAAAUGCUCAAUUUAAAAAAUUUCUACGGCAUAUUUUCAUAUCAGAAUGAGAACCUUUAACGUAUAUAUGUAAUUAUUGAAUGAAUAUACAAUAUAGAAAAGUUAUCACUAUUUUGUAAAUGCGAAUAUUUUUGUGAUAUUUAUUCUCCACACGUAAAUAAGAACGUUGGAUAAUUAUUUAUAAGGUAACGUUGUCAUUUGAUUUGCUUUGUACAAUAGAUAUCAACAAUAUAAAUUAUUACUGAAUUGUCAUAAUCUUUACCAACGUACAGUUUCGUUAGUUUUAUACUUGUCUAGUCUUAACGUAUAUUUAUAUUGUUAAAUGAACUAUUUGAUAGUUUCAUGUUUUAAAUAUUUAUAUUUGAUUAAAAUUAUAUUUUAAUAAAAUUUUUAAGUACUCA